GCUCCUUAUUUGGUCAUGUUGGACUGAGUUAAACUGCUACGAGCGGAGGUUUUUAGUCCUGAGCAGAAACGAAAAGUAUCCCAGUGUGAAAGGAGGCUCCGGGACUGCACGCGGAUAGCUGUCUGAUCUGGACUACACUUCCUGAGGGUACCAUGGCGACCACAAGAAUAGAAGCAGGAUUUUAUUUUCUUUACUUUUCUUUUUUCCCCAUGCUGCUGUCUGCCUCAGGCUCGUAUCCACAAGCGCAGAACGUCACCUGGAAAUCCACCAAUUUUAAAACGGUUCUGGUCUGGGAGCCCAAACCAUCCGCGGAUUACUCUUACACAGUGGAACUGUCUCCGGUUGGUGGGAACGCACAGAGAAUCACUAACUGUAUCCGGUCGUCACAAACGAUGUGCGAUCUCUCCACCGCCAUGACUGACCCCAAAGCCUGCUACGUAGCUGAUGUCCUAUCUCAGCCCCCACAGGGGGCGACCUCUGAACUCUCCGAGUUUCCCCACAAAACCUCGCCAAAAUUCUGCCCAUACGAUGACACUGAACUCGACAGGCCCAAGUUCACGCUGGAGGUCAGUGAAGGCAGCGCCACCCUGAACGUGACAGACUCGCCCACUGCCAUCGCCAACGGUCACCACCUGCAGACUUUGAGGGACAUCUUCUCUGAGCGGCUGCACUACAGAGUCACCUACUGGAAGAAUAAGAGCACUGGCAAAAAAACAUCCAACUACAACACAAGUAUGAUAAAGGUGACUGGCCUGGAUCACGGGGAGAGCUACUGCUUCCAGGUCCAAGCCUACAUCCCCAGCCGCACUUAUGGCAAGCAGCUGGGAGACCUGAGUGCCCCGCAGUGCUCAAAAGACGAGAACCAGACCAUCAUAGAAGUGUAUUCUCCUGCAGUGAUCAUUUCUGCCAUCAUCCUCAUCCUGCUGCUCACCGGGAUCAUCAUCACCGUCACAGUGGUGUGCUGCAAGCGCAAGAAAAAAGCUGCAAACGGUGAAAAGAAGGGCGUAGUAUAACGUAUGUGCUUCACUGCACAUCUCUGGCGGUACGUUGAACUGGACACACGGACAUAUGUCGCUCAGCAUUCCUCAGCCAAACACUGGACUUUCAUUUAGUUUCUGUGAAACAACCUUAUUUUUGACACUGGGAAGAUGGGAAAACUCUGCUGAAGCCCUGCUACAGUAUGUACUGACACUGCAAAUACUGCAUCUCCUUUCCUGGUGCCUGUGACUACUAUAGUAAAAUAUAACAGCUUAUUUUAUUUAAUUUACAGUCUGCUGUGUAAAUGCAAAUCAUUCUUAGACUGUAGUGGGGAUUUUACCUUGAAACACAUUUUUAUGGAAUCAAAAUGUAGGAUGUAUAUUUUUGUAUGUGGUGUAUUUAUUUUAUUGUGUUUAACUGAUAUUAAAGACAAUAAACAUGUUA